AUGAAUCUGUUCAUGCGUUUGGGCAAUAUGCCCUGUCGUUCGAGAAUGUCCAACUUUCUUAGAAUGUCGUCAACUUCCACUAAAUCACCGACAGGUAUUGUGUUCAUGAACAUGGGCGGUCCUAGCACCAGUGGCGAAACUUACGAUUUUCUUCUUCGUCUUUUUUCCGACAAAGAUUUGAUCCCUUUGCCUUUCCAGAAAUGGGCUGCUCCUUUUAUUGCAAAGCGCAGAACGCCCUCCAUUGCGGAAAAGUAUGAAGAAAUUGGAGGUGGGUCACCUAUUCGCAAGUGGCUGGAGUACCAGUGUGAACAUGUGUGCAAGCGAUUGGACGAAAUAUGCCCUGAAACUGCUCCUCAUAAGCCCUACGUUGCAUUUAGGUAUGCCAAACCAUUGACCGAAGAAAUGUUGGUUCAAAUGAAGAAAGACGGCAUUAAACGUGCUGUGGCCUUCUCGCAAUAUCCUCAGUGGUCCAGCUCAACGUCCGCAUCUUCUGUCCAUGAAUUGUACCGUCAGACCCAAGUCAUUGAUCCAGAGCGCUCUAUUGAGUGGUCGUUAAUUGACAGAUGGCCAAAGGACAAAUGUUUAGUUAACCCAUUUGCGAAACUCAUCAAGGAAAAACUCGAGGAGUUCCCUGUUGAAGACAGAGAAAAAGUGAUCAUUCUAUUCUCUGCUCAUUCAUUACCUAUGCAAAUUGUCAACAGAGGUGAUUCUUACCCUGCUGAAGUGGCUGCAUCUGUGUACGCUGUCAUGGAAAAGUUGAACUUCUCAAAUCCUUAUCGUUUAGUGUGGCAGUCCAAGGUUGGCCCUAAGGCGUGGUUAGGUGGACAAACAGCUGAUAUUGUUGCCAAAUUAGAGAAAAAUGAAAAUAUAAAGGGCAUUGUCUUGGUUCCAAUUGCCUUCACUUCUGACCAUAUCGAGACCUUACAUGAGUUGGACAUUGAACUCCUCGAUGAAGUCGAGAACAAGCAUCUUAUCAAGAGAGCUGAGUCUUUGAAUGAUAACGAAGAGUUUAUCGAAGGCUUGGCAGACUUAGUGAAAUCUCACCUCCAGUCUGGAGAAGUUUACUCUAAGCAAUUAGAAUUGGACUGGGAAUUGAGCAAAGAGUUCACCAGCUCUACUUUUAGCCAUCCCCGUGAGAUGUUUGGUCCACAAAAAAGAAUAGAAUAA